AUGGCAAGAGACAAGAAAAAUGCCAAAGGUCGUUUGGACAAGUAUUAUCACAUGGCCAAGGAGCAAGGCUUUCGUGCUCGUUCCGCAUUCAAGCUAAUCCAGCUCAACAAAAAAUACUCGUUUUUGGAAAAGGCCAAAGUGGUGGUGGAUUUGUGCGCUGCGCCUGGUGGUUGGCUGCAAGUAGCUCAAAAAUACAUGCCUAAACCUAGUUUGAUUAUUGGUUUGGAUUUGGCGCCUAUUAAACCCAUUUCGGGAGUUAUUACUCACGUCGAAGACAUUACCACUUCAAAAUGUCGACAAACAAUCAGAAGCGAACUCAAGGACUGGAAAGUCGAUGUGUUUCUUCAUGAUGGUGCACCAAACGUUGGUAUCUCCUGGCUUCAAGACGCAUUUGGUCAAUCUGAACUUACUCUCAGUGCUUUAAAGCUUGCAACUGAAUUCCUUAUGCCAAAUGGUACAUUUGUCACCAAAGUGUUUCGAUCCAAAGACUAUAACAAGCUUCUUUGGGUUUUUCAACAACUCUUUCGUAAAGUUGAAGCAACCAAACCCGCUUCGUCACGUAAUGUUUCUGCAGAAAUUUUUGUAGUAUGCAGAGAAUACCUUUCACCCAAAAAAAUCGAUCCACGACUGCUUGAUCCCAAAUGGGUUUUCAAAGAGUUGGAUGAAACCAAGAAUGUCGAUGAGGAUGAUGAGAAAAAAAUCAAGGAGCGACAGGGAGCUGUUUUCAACACUUUGUUCAACCCAGAAAAACGUCGUCGAUUCCGUGAUGGUUACGAUGAUGAAGACUACACACUACAUACAUCUAAUUCAGUCUCGUCCUUUAUCCACAGUCUCGAUUUUCUAUCGAUUAUGGCUCGAUCGCACGAAUUGACAUUUGAUUCAAAAGAUGAGGUGUCCAAAUCCAUUUUUGAUUCAGCCCUGACAACAGAUGGAAUCAAGGAAUAUUUAAAGGAUUUGAAAGUAUUGGGAAAAAAAGAGUUCAAGUAUUUGAUAAAAUGGCGUGAAUCCAUUCGUACGGUGCUGGGAUUAGAAACACGGGCUUCUAUUCGUGCCAAAAAACUUGAAGAUGCUAAAGAAAAGGCCGAGGCAGAUGCUGCUGCUCAGAAAAUCGACGAUGAAAAUAUCAAAGAAGCUCAGAGAGCUAAAAAUCGUAGACUUAAAAAGAAGCAGCGUGAACGUAAAGCCAAACUUUUGUUAAAGUUGCAGCUUGGAAUGAGUACUCCCAGCGAUAUUGGUCUUGAAGCCGACAGUGGACUUUCCACUCGUCCAGAAAUGGAUAUUGACGAAGAUACGACUUCUACAUCCAAGAAAUCUGCUAAUAGUUCGCCAGACUCUGCAUCUGAUUUUACGGAUGAUAGCCAAGGUGAACAAGAUUCAGAUAUUGGAUCGGCUUUGGACUCGGACGAUGAACGAAGCCGCAAAGUAUCUCGUUUAGAAGCUCAAAUGGACGCCUUGUAUGAGGAAUACAAGGCCAAAGCCAUCGAGCGCAAUCCUACUGCCAAAGUCAAAAAGUUGCGCGAAAGCACCAAGACCGAGUUUGAAGAGUGGUAUGGUCGCCAUAGUUCUACUAGAAAUGGAGACUUUGAAAACGAUGAGUUUAACAGCGAGAGUGAGGAGGACUCGUCUGUGCCCAUGUCCAAGCGUGCUCGAGUCUUUUUUGACAAUCCUAUUUUCGACAUGGUCAAUGACAAGAACGACAAGCCCAAAAACGCCAAUGCGGGCAAGAAAGCAAAAAGCAUGUUUAAAGACGAGAUGGUGCUCUCUACCGACGAGGAAGACAAUGAAAACGGGGAGUCGAUUCAGCAAAAAAAGGCCAACAAAAAGAAGAAGAAACAAACCAAGGAUGAGAUGCUCAAUGCUUUCAACGAAAAUGAGUCUCACCAAGAGACUAACAAGGACGAUUUUGCAGUUGUUCCUGUUGACAAAGAUCAGGAUCAAGAAGAUGUGGAUGACAAUUUUAUUCUUGAUACAGCACAAAAGUAUUCUCUUGCGCAGCGUAUGCUGACUAAAUCUGGCAAGCGCGAUUUAAUUGAUAAUGCCUAUAACCGAUACUCUUUCACUGAUGAUCCUGGACUUCCACUGUGGUUUACUGAAGAAGAGCAGCAUCACAACAAGCCCACAAUGCCAGUGACAAAAGAGGCUGUGGAUAUUAUCAAGCAGCGUAUGCGUGCAUUGGAUGCACGACCAAUCCGUAAGGUUGCCGAGGCGAAAUUCCGUAAACAGAUGCGUACUCAACGCCGAAUUGAAAAGAUGUCCAAAAAAGCCGAGGGUUUGAACAAUGAUGAAGAGAUGCCCGAGAAAAGCAAACUUGAGGCUAUUUCCAAAAUGAUGAGCAAGGCCAAGAAUACCAAGGAGCAUACCAAACCCAAACUGGUUGUUGCCAAAGGUGUGCAUCGUGGUGCACAGGGCAGACCCAAGGGCGUUAAAGGAAGAUACAAGAUGGUAGAUGGACGCAUGAAGAAGGAGUUGAAUGCCAUGAAGCGACAAAAAUCAAAAGGAAAA